GGAUGGGUGGCUUACCACCAGUUUGUCCGUGAUGCUGUGGCAUAUUUUACACGGCAGAAAGAACGAAGAGAGGAUGCUGCAGAAAGGAGCCAACAAAAAAAAAUAGCUCCCUUCCAAGAAUUGCUCGCACAUACCAACGUCAUCGCAGCAAACCGUUUCGGUCCCCGUAGGCUAAUCCAGCCAUAUCCCGCCCCAGUACCGCCAGUAACGAUUACACACACCACGCUAAAGGACCGCUAUUUUGUUUUUGCAACGAAGAGAAAGAAAAAAGAGGAAAAAACAACGACGACGUACGUGAACGGUGAGAAAAGAUGAGGCUGCAGUGAGCAGGGAAAAAACUCACCGGGUGGGAAAGAACUCCACUCGCAGCCACAGCCCCAAUGUGCUUGGCGUGAGUGUGAGCAAAGUCACUGUCGCCUUCGUUCCUGUCAAACCUGUUUCGGUGAUGCUUCGUUGGAAAAGCUCGAUUAGCUCAUGCGCACUCCCGUAGACGAGCACAGAGAGCGAGAGAGAGAGUCACUGCACAGGGAUGGAAAACAAAACACAAAUUUCCUCUCUCACUCUCUAUCUCUCGCAUUCACUCUUUUUCUCUUGCUUCGUACACUGAGCACAGCAUCCCUAGGCAGCAGCAACAGCCAUCCGUAGCGCGCUGAAAGAGGCGAGAAAAUGGUGAGAGCGCGCGCAAACCCCAACGUGUGUCUGUGUGUGUGUGUCUUUUCGCAAAGGGCGGUGGGAGCAGCGUUUUCCACGGCACGGUGGCUGUUUUUGCGCUCACACAACACCGAAGCCACAACGACGCGCAAACGACGGGCCGACUGGUGCGCCUCUAGCGGGCGACUCGGAGAGCAAAACGUCAAUUGCCGAACGAAGAAAACGUCUGCGGACGUGGCCGUGCGGUCCGAAUUUUUCGAGGGGCCCUAUUUUACCACCGAACUGGCCAUAUCUGGUGCAUUGGCGGGGCCAAUCGAGCUGGCCGAGCGUGUGUCCGGCACGCACUAUUCGAAACAUUCAGCUGAUUUGCAACUGUGCGUACGACUGUGUGUGUGCGUGCGUGUGUGUAGUGUGGUUAUCGCACAGCAUCCAGCAAUCGUAGUUGGCCAUACUGUGUUUGUUUCUUCGCCUGCCACGAGCUGUCAAACAGUCGCAUCGUGUGUGUGUGAGUAUGUGUCUGUGAGUGAGUGUGUGCACGCCUUUUAACCAGUCUGACAGAUGAACCGACGGCAAGGAAACAACGUUCCGACAGGCAGCAAGUGAUUCCUCCGCAAAGCCAUGCUACCAGUACUGCCCAGCCGGUUGUUCAUCGGUGCUCGCGAGCAGCGGGUGCGUAACACGGUACGUUGUGUCUAGUCCCGACCAGUGCCACUGUAUUGCCGGGUACCGUCCGUUUGCAGUCCCGCCGAUACCCUGGUAGAAGGAGUGGGGCAUCACUAAUCCACAAAGCACUGAGGGACACGUGAGUGCUUACAAUCAGUGUUUUCCACGCUCGUAAAAAGUAACGCUCGCAGUGGGAACGUGUGUGCGUGGUGUGAGUGCGUGUGUGCGCUGAAGGGAAAAGAAAAACACAACAAAAGAACGAUGGGACGAUUGCCCAGCUUCCGGCGCUCCUUUGCCGACCGGUGGAUGACGCUCGGCAUCGUGCUGCUGUGCAUGGUGAUCGGCAGUGUGUGGGCCAACCCGGACGCUAAACGGCUGUACGACGAUCUGCUGAGUAAUUACAAUCGACUGAUACGGCCCGUCAGCAACAACACCGAUACGGUGCUGGUAAAGCUGGGCUUACGGCUGUCACAGCUGAUCGAUCUGAAUUUGAAAGAUCAAAUCUUGACGACGAACAUUUGGCUCGAACAUGAAUGGCAAGAUCAUAAAUUCAAAUGGGAUCCCGCUGAGUACGGUGGUGUCACCGAGCUGUACGUGCCUUCCGAACACAUUUGGCUGCCGGACAUUGUACUUUACAACAACGCUGAUGGAGAGUACGUGGUAACAACGCUCACGAAAGCCAUCCUGCAUUACACCGGAAAGGUCAUCUGGACACCGCCCGCCAUUUUCAAAUCAUCGUGCGAGAUCGAUGUUCGAUACUUUCCGUUCGAUCAGCAGACGUGCUUCAUGAAGUUCGGCUCGUGGACGUACGACGGCAACCAGAUUGACCUGAAGCAUAAAAAUCAACUGAACAACAGCGACAACAUGGUGAAGAUUGGAAUCGAUUUACGCGAGUACUAUCCGAGCGUGGAAUGGGACAUUCUUGGCGUGCCAGCCGAGCGCCACGAGAAGUACUAUCCCUGCUGUGCCGAACCGUACCCGGAUAUAUUCUUCAACAUCACAUUACGACGCAAGACGCUGUUCUACACGGUGAACCUGAUCAUCCCGUGUGUCGGCAUCUCGUACCUGUCCGUGCUGGUGUUCUAUCUGCCGGCCGAUUCGGGCGAAAAAAUUGCAUUAUGCAUCAGCAUCCUGCUAUCGCAGACCAUGUUCUUUCUGCUGAUAUCGGAAAUCAUCCCGUCGACCUCGCUCGCCCUGCCCCUGCUCGGCAAGUACCUGCUGUUCACGAUGAUACUGGUCGGGCUGAGCGUCGUGAUCACCAUCAUUAUCCUGAACAUACACUACCGGAAGCCAAGCACACACAAGAUGGCUCCCUGGGUCCGGAAGUUCUUUAUAUUGCGCCUGCCCAAGCUGCUGCUGAUGCGAGUGCCGAACGAUUUGCUCAAGGAGCUAGCAGCAAACAAAAUCAACUACGGCAUCAAAAUUAGCAAGAGCAAGUUCGGCGCUGCCCUAGCCGCCCACUCGCAGAUGCAGCCGAAUUCCGGCGGCUCCAGCCCGGACUCGAUCCGGCACAUGCAGGGCCGGCCGGGCGGUUGCAACGGGCUGCACUCAACCACCGCCACUAAUCGGUUCAGUGGGCUAGUUGGUGCGCUGGGCGGUGGGCUGAGCGGGCUGGGCGGCUACAAUGGGCUGCCCUCGGUGAUGUCGGGCCUGGACGAGUCGCUCAGCGAUGUGGCGCCGAGAAAGAAGUACCCGUUCGAGCUGGAGAAGGCGAUCCACAACGUGAUGUUCAUCCAGCACCAUAUGCAGCGACAGGACGAGUUCAAUGCGGAAGACCAAGACUGGGGCUUUGUGGCGAUGGUUUUGGAUCGUUUGUUUUUAUGGUUAUUCACGAUAGCGUCGUUAUUCGGCACAUUUGCGAUCCUGUGCGAGGCCCCAUCGCUCUACGACGACACCAAACCGAUUGACAUCGAGUACUCCAUUAUCGCCCAGAAGCUGUUCAAUCUUACCGUCAAGGAUACGCGCUCCUAAAGCCGUAACGCCCUCCCGGGACGCCGGAACGUAAAGCGGAAGCGCCAGGCGGACACACACACACCAGAAGCCGCGCUGGCGGGCGAAGGUUAACGGGCGAUUGAUUUUAAUUUUUAAAACUUCUUUUUUCCCUCACUUUGUGUUAGAGAAAUUGGGAAACCGUACCGUAACUGUAUUGAACGGGGAAGCCAAUUGCGUGCCCCGUUCUUUGUCACCUUGCUCCUUUUUUUUUUGUUUCUCAUCAUAAAAUCAUCACCACCGACGCUAAUCGGGUCUAAAGGUCGUCGCGAAACUCUUCCAGCUUGCGGUUUCUGCACGAUUCCUCUUUUUGUUUUUUUUUUGCCUUCAUUUCGUUGUAAUUUAACGGUAUAGUUGCAUUUUAGUGAGCAGUUUUCUGGUUUCCCGUUUUCUUUUGACCAACCCCAAACGUCAAUCAUCGUCCCCUCUUUCUCUUCCUCAGCUCCUAGUAUCCAGAGGCGCAGAGCAACCCCUACGCGCGAUUAACACAUUUAAGGAGUUUUUACCGUAGGCUAGGCGUAAAGGCACGCGUGGAAGUAACGCGUGGAAGUAACAAAGUUAUGCAUUUUCCCAAGGGCUAGUAAUGGCACAAGGGACAACUUUUGGAAGGUAGGUGGGUGCCAAACACAUGCCAAAUUAGAAGCAGUAGCAGCACUAGCGAUCAAAGGAUGCAUUAAAAGAAAGUUUAAUUGAUUGUCAAAAUUCUCACCAAAGAGACUUAUUUUCGUGACCAAAAAAGGUUAGUGAGCGAACACAGGGCAGAAAAUUGUUUUUUAUAGGAAUGAAUUCGUUACAAAUUUGAAACACUUUCAACACAAUUUUCGGUAUCAAAACAAACACGUAAAGCAGAUCCUCCUUCUUUCACUUCAUCAGCCACAGUUUAAAGACACUGCUCAAUGCAGCAGCUUUAGAGAGACAACUGCAUUAGCAAAACUAGAUCAAACUGUAUUUUUCUAAUACGCGUUUAGAGUCUUGUAUGGUUGGAGGGAUAUUACACUAAUGCUUCCAUACAAAAAAAAUCCUUCCCAACAAACCAAAUACUAGAACUCCUUUAGCAAUUCUGGUAUUACGCAAAAUAGAAUACAGAGAGAAAAAACAAAACAACAAGCCCUUACAAAAAGGACAGGACAGUUGAGCUAAAAAGUACCAUCGAAAUUAAUCCCUUUCCCAAACAACCAAAGUGAAGCCUUUAUGUUAAGAAAACAUAAGAUAAAGUGUGUCAAAUAGCAGGAGCUAAACAUUGUAGCAAAAACAAAAAUUAACCUUUUACUAAAACCCAAAAAAACACAACAUUCAAACAUAAAAUGUAAGCAAAAACUAGCAUUACGAAACUCACCCGGAGUGAAUGAACGCCGAGGCCGGAAUGUACUGCACCUGUGUCGCCAGGUGGCUCGGUAGCAUUUCCCAACCGUGCCGAACUUCCAAAACAGGCGACAAGUAUCGGGGUUAAUGAUGCAUGGAAAUUGAUUUCAGCGCAUAAAGUGAAGAGUGUAAAGUGUCAAUAAAAGUGUUGCCACGGGAAGAUAUCAGCACGGCCGAGAGCGGUACGGCAGAGUAUGGGAAAUGAGAAGAACAAAGUAACCAAGUGGUAAAUUGUAUCUCUACACUCACUGUUAUGGAUACGUUUUAACGCCGCAACACACACACACACACAGGCAAGGAAAUUGCGUCAAGCGUCUACAGACACACGCGCUGGGUGCGAGCACGCACAUACAAUUCCAAAACUAGUGUAAAACGAGGGAGUUUUUUUCUGUUUUCUGUAUUGUAUCCGUUCAUUUUUUAUUUGUUUCCUCAGCCACACUAGUAUCACAUAAACAUAAGGGAAACCAGGAGAAGGGAAAGGGAUAAAAAAUGUUAAGGUAAAUAAAAAUAAAGAAAGCACACUUCAGGAAAAGGGAAAAGAGAAUAAAAAUAAACAACAAAUACAGGCCAUCUUGCACCAAAACAAA